AUGGCUGACGGCGGCGCAGUGACUAAUGGCCUCCAGGUAGUGGCAAACUUACCGGAGGAAGUUCACUGGCUUUGCGAGAAGAUCGAGCUUGGUCCUGGUGGGAAACAAGUGGAGUGCGUUGAAGAUGAAACAUCUCGUCAAGAAGCCACGCUGCACGCCCUAAUGUUACUGUCAUUCGUCGACCAGGAGACCAACCAGAAUUGGCUGAAAGGAAGGGUUGCUGCACAGUUGGCGCGGUGCGCUGCUUGUACGGCACAGUUCUACUGUCUAAAGCGCAGAUUCUACCAUCAAUUACUAGAAGAGCACGACAAGGAAAACCUUGACCUGUUUUUCGGCUUUCUCGAGGAAUGGGACAUCGAACGCGUAUUGCCGGUUAUCAAGGAUGUCGUUCGGGAUAUUAAGCAAGCAGAAUCGGUAGACGCUUGGUACGAGAGAUUUCGAGGGCACAGAGCCCAGCGCAAUGCAGUCUACGAGUGUUUUUGUAGUCCGGAAGUUCUUCGAAAUGAAGAACUCAGAUCUUGUUUUGCCGAAAUAUGCAAGACGGGAAGAGUAACAGUAGAAGGGCCUGCAAGAGGACUUAUCACCUUUCUCUCUGGCCAGCAGGAACCUUUCCGCACUGUGGUUGAGCAAUCGUGGAAGAUUAUGGGUCCUAAUUUUAAACCUCAAGAAUUUGAGUCCCACAUGUUGGAAGCACUAGAGGAGACUGUCCGGAAAGCAGAAACUGAAGGGGUUCCCGAGAGGCUGGUGCCAUUCUGGGCUGGAAUGGCUACGAUUGUAAAAAACGUCAGUAAGGAGGUCAUUACAAAGACUAUCUGUGGAGCAAAACAUGAUCCAAUUAAGUUGGCUAUAAAUCAUAUCUCCCUCCGCGCCCCAUAUCUACAUUCGUUACUUCGAUUUUACGAAUCCCUCAUGACGAAAUUAGGUGGUGAAAUCUGGGAUGUUGUUUCGCCUCUUACUUCUUCGACAUUUGCAGAUAUUUUGCUUGUCGAAGAUAAGUAUUCCGAACUCCUCCGCAACAUUCCCCAGGAUGAGAGUGGUGAAUUGCAAAUUAUGGACUUGACCAAAUGGAUGUCGUCGUUUGUCGGCAGUAUACAACCCCUUCAGCGACCUACUAGCGCUACACCGCUUCUCCGACAGCUUUUCAAAGAGCAUAGUUUGCCGCCCUUAUCCAGAGGCAUCUGCUGGAAAGAAGGGAUGAAGGUUUUAAGUUUAACCCUAAGUGGUGUUCACUCCCAUUCAAGCACGCUCGAGGGGGAAGCCGACCGCAUUAUCCUACGACAGGCAAAUGAACUCUUUAAAGAACAUCUUAAUAUAGUAAUUCAGGUCGCGACCUCUUCAAUGGAGUACGAGGAUGCGCGCAUGGGAUUGCAUAUGUCAACGGCUCGAGAUGCUGCCAUAGAGACCUUGACAUCGGCCUUGAAGCUGGAUGUCAAGGUUGUGAUGACAGACUAUGCCAGCCUGACGAAGAAGAAACCAGAGCUACCUGUCACAGAGACAACAGUCAGAGACGAGCUUUGGAGAAGUGUUUGCGAAAGAUUCCCCCGGGAUAACAUCCACUUUGGCCGCCAGAUAUUGACGGUUCUGCAAGAACUGAUUAUACUUGAGAAAGUCCAUAUCAGUAACUCGGACCAAGAUAAUCUGAAGAACAGAAAGACAAAGUUCAACGAAGUAAUAACCACUCUACAAGGACGACUUCACGAAUAUUUCCAGGCAUUGAGUCGUUUCACACCCUCUAAUAUCAACCAGAUUCUCUCAGAGGAUAGCGCUCAACUUACUUUCUUUACUGGUAUAAUUUCUUCGGUGGACGAUGUUUCUUUUGCAGCAGAAGACAGUCUUCUUCAAGCCUAUGGUGUAGAAGACAAGAACGAAGCUCUUCGAGCCAUGCUGAAGGCCGAUUUUCGUGUGACCAUAACGGCACUUUCCGACCUUGGACGACAGCUGCAAAAGUGA